AUGACGCACGCUCCUUCGAAACAGCCGAAGUUCCUUCCCACCCACAAUGAACUCGGCGUUGUAGCCGUCGGCUUCAGCGGUGGGCAGCCCAAACCGGGCGUCGACGCUGCGCCCAUGGCUCUCAUCCAGGCCGGCCUGAUCCAGCAACUGCGAGAGGACCUCGAGUACAACGUCAGCUACGACGGCGAGGUGCACAACUUCUCCGAGAUGCUGCCCGAAGACGACCCGGACUACCGGGGCAUGAAGAGGCCCAAGUUCUGCAGCGCCGUGACGCGCGAGGUCAGCGAGCAGGUGUACAAGUAUAGCAUGCAGGGGAAGUUGGUGUUGACGCUGGGUGGGGACCAUUCCAUUGCUAUCGGGACGAUUUCCGGGUCGGCGAGGGCGGUGAGGGAGAGACUGGGGAGGGAGCUGGCGGUUAUCUGGGUGGAUGCCCAUGCGGAUAUCAACACGCCUGAGUCCUCGGAGAGUGGGAAUAUUCAUGGUAUGCCGGUGUCAUUCCUAACAGGGCUGGCCAAGGAUGAGCACGAGGAAACGUUUGGGUGGUUGAAGGAGCAUCAUUUGCUCAGCCCGAAGAAACUGGUGUACAUUGGCCUGCGGGACAUUGACAAGGGCGAGAAGAAGAUUCUGAGAGAGCUUGGUAUCAAGGUGUUCACGAUGCACGAUAUCGACAGACAUGGCAUCGGCAAAGUCAUGGACAUGGCCGUCGGCUGGAUUGGUAGUGACACACCUAUCCAUCUGUCGUUUGACGUCGACGCCCUGGACCCUCUGUGGGCGCCCAGCACGGGAACUCCUGUGCGCGGCGGCCUGACACUGCGUGAGGGUGACUUCAUCUGCGAGUGUCUCGCCGAGACCGGGUCGCUGGUUGCCGUGGAUCUGGUCGAAGUCAAUCCCAGCCUGGAGGAGCACGGCGCGAGCGAGACAGUCAGGACUGGCGUUAGCCUGGUGAGGUGUGCGCUUGGAGAUACCCUUCUAUAG